CACACCACACUGUUGAUUGUGCUUUGAUGUCACUAACUAGUGUGUGUGCAGCGUUUGACAGUCUCUACAUACUGUGUGCUUACUUCUUCAGAGGGAGGCUGUAACUUGCAAAGAACUACAUUACAUGAUUCAUAUGCUGAGUCAAAAGAGCUUCACAGAUCUGCACGGCCAGUGAGACACAUAGAAACCAGUUCUCCUGUGUAGUACACUGAGAACAUUUGGACGAGAGACGUCGAGAAGAGGUGCGGAGUGCCUGAUGGCAGUGAGCUGGAUGACUCAGUGAGGUCAGGUUGGACAGGAGGUCAUGGGGUCCUUUACGCUGGGGAAAGCUGCUUCCCUGGAGCUGCUGCGGGAGGCCUGUAUUCAAGCAUUUGACGAUGAAGGGGAGCUUCAUGACAAUCAGCUUCCUCGAACCCUUCUGCUGAUGCAUCGCUGGUAUGUGUCCUCUGCCGAGCUCGCUGGAAAACUUCUGAUUAUGUAUCGUGACUGUCAGGGAGACGACUGCAAGAGCACACGACUGAAGAUCUGUUACUUAAUGAGGUACUGGAUUGCUGAAUUUCCUGCUGAGUUUGAUUUGGAUCAGGGUUUGAUCCGCCUUACAGAAGAGUUCAGAGGCGCCGCCGCUCUGCUGGGUGGGGACCAGCACAUUAAAUUACUUGACAUUUCUACAAUUCCUUCGUAUGACUGGAUGCGUAAACUGACUCAGCGAAAGAAGCAGGUGAAGAAGGGCAAAGCAUCACUUCUGUUUGAUCACCUGGAACCCAUUGAGCUUGCCGAACAUCUCACCUUCCUGGAGUACAAGUCCAUCAGGAGGAUAUCGUUCACAGAUUACCGGAGCUAUGUGAUUCACGGCUGUGUGGUGGACAACCCAACGUUGGAGCGCUCCAUCGCACUGUUCAAUGGGAUCUCUCAGUGGGUUCAGCUGAUGGUGCUCAGCAAACUCACUCCUCAGCACAGAGCCGAGGUCAUCAACAAGUACAUUCACGUCGCUCAGAAACUGCUCCACCUGCAGAACUUUAACACUUUAAUGGCUGUGGUUGGAGGUCUGAGUCACAGUUCUAUUUCCCGUCUGAAGGAAACUCAUUCUCACCUCAGCCCAGAAGUCACCAAGAUCUGGAAUGAAAUGACAGAGCUGGUUUCAUCCAACGGCAAUUACUGCGCUUACCGCAAAGCCUUCAGUGAAUGCGAAGGGUUUAAGAUCCCUAUACUGGGCGUUCAUCUCAAGGACCUGAUCGCAGUGCACGUGGUCUUCCCGGACUGGGUAGAGGAUGGGAAAGUUAACAUCGUGAAGAUGCAACAGCUGUAUCUCACAUUUAAUGAACUGGUGUCGCUUCAGAGCGCCGUGUCUCAGGUGGAGCCCAACAUGGACCUGAUCUACCUGCUCACUCUGUCCUUGGACCUUUACUACACAGAGGAUGAAAUUUAUGAGCUGUCGCUGCUCAGAGAACCCCGGAACCCUAAAUCUCAGCCUACAUCACCCACAACCCCCAACAAACCUCUCGCUCCUCUGGAUUGGGCAUCUGGGGUCACCACAAAACCAGAUCCUUCUGUGGUCAACAAACAUAUUAGGAAGGUCGUGGAUUCUGUGUUUCGUAACUACGACCAUGACCAUGACGGUUACAUAUCUCAGGAAGAUUUUGAGAGUAUCGCUGCAAAUUUCCCGUUCUUGGAUUCCUUCUGUGUGCUUGAUAAAGAUCAGGAUGGAUUGAUAAGUAAAGAUGAGAUGAUGGCUUAUUUUCUGCGGGCCAACCCGUUGCUGCAGUGUAAGAUGGGACCUGGAUUUAUACACAACUUCCAAGAGAUGACAUACCUGAAACCAACUUUCUGUGAACAUUGUGCCGGAUUUCUCUGGGGGAUUAUUAAACAAGGAUAUAAGUGCAAAGACUGUGGGGUGAACUGCCACAAACAGUGUCGAGAGCUUCUUGUUUUAGCGUGUCGCCACCUCCCUCGGUCCACAUCAUUAGGCAGCGUGUCACCUGGGACACUUACCCACAGCUCUCUACCCAGCAGCCCCUCCCUGCCCACCUGUAAAGAUGACGACGAGGUGUUUACGUUCCCUGCUCUGUCACCAUCAUCGAGCUCUGAUCUAGAGGGAAAAUCCAUCACGCUGAUGACGGGUUCGGCCCAGCGGAUCUCCGUACGGCUGCAGAGAGCCACCACCAGUCAGGCCACACAGACGGAACCCAUGUGGCCUGAGAAUGCCUGGGCAGCCAUAGCUGACAGCGGGUCACACACCUUCCCAAAGAUGAGGUACAGGCCACACCGUAAAGCAUCCAAGAGCAAAGGGUUCGCUCGCUGGGAGAACGACGCACAGAUUUCAACAGGAACAAAUCGCACUCGCCGGGAGUCACAGGAGCACAGUGAAGUGUCACAGCAGAACGGACUGAUGUACCAACAUCGGGACAAAACUGAACCCACUGAGAUCAGCUGACUUGUCCGAACAAUGGGCCCGAGAAGGACGCCCUGGAGCCGGUCAGGAGCGCGGAUGAAAAGGCUCUCCUCUCUAGGGGGCAUGCUGGGGUGCCUCAUGCCUCGAGUGGAUCGGGAAUAGGGCCUCUAUUUCGACAGCCCCAGCUACAGAGGGACGGCAGGCCACCUGCUGACUGCGCUGGGGGAAAGAUGGCAUCAAAAGAAAGGUCUCGGACUACAUGGGGGGUGACCUGUUAUGUUGUGCUCUCCUGCGUGGAGUGGACGAUACUAGACUUCAGUGAAAACCUAGUAUCAGUAUAGGCUGAUGUGAUGGAUACAUCAGCGCUUAAAAGGAUAGAUAACCGAUGUAGAUAUAUCUACGAGAGUAGAAAGAAUGUAGAAAAGAAGGUUUUGUACAGAAACACCAAUGUAAAAUGUUAUUAUUUAAGGUCUUACGUAGACACGUGUGCAUUGAAGGCAUGGUUUGAUUUUCGUGCUCCAGAAACACUACAAGAAUAGAGGACAUGUUGAAUUUAAUGCCUACAUAAAUUAUAUGUUAUUUAAGAUGGAACUGGCAUGCAUUGAAGUGGACAGAGGAAGAUCGUCAUAUCCAUGAUGAACUUAAACACUAACUUUGUGUUUGCCAGGCAACACAUUAUCUUAAUUGGAAGGUACGUAGACAAAGAUAAGAGUUGCCACAGAAGAUAAGAUUUCAGGUCUUUACCCCAGAUCGAAUGAAAAAAACAAGUUUUUUCUUUUCAUUUGGUCUAUACAUCAUUUACUUCAAUAGUUUAACUGUUUAUUUUGCUAUAAAAGGUGCCAACGUAUAGCCACUGACUAUGAAGAUUAUUACAUACGUGUUGCUUGGCGACAUUGGCAAUGUAAAGAUGACAUAGACUUCAUAUAUCCAUAAAUUCAGAGACAGCGAUUCUAAAAACCCAGGUGGGCCGUCGACCAGGUGUUUGUAUGGCCUCUGUUGCUAAGUGCACGGUGAUAAAGUUGGGCGACAAGUCCGUUGCCAAGGCAACUUGCGUCCUUCACUGACAUGUUUUAAAAUGGGUUUUGCACCCAGAAUGCCCUGGUAAGGUUCAGAGAAGAUAAGCACGAUACGGGCAUUUCUAAAACGCUGACUCAGUAGCUACACAGAAGAUGAACAGCUCAUAUGAGGGGAAUUGUGAUUAAAGUGAGCAUUUCAUCCCAUAGGAUGAAAUGCUCCUCUAGCGCUACAAUUAUGGAUUUAAGCGUUGUGUGAUGUGGGUGGAGAAGUCACAGUUACACUCAUGGAAUCAUAAUCGGCGUGUAUUGAGUUUUAGACGGACGCCAGUGACGUGUGACAUGUUGACGUGUUUGAAAGCCCUUGAGAAUGUCUUCUUCAUAUCGUUUGAACCCUUCACGAGAUGCCAAUUUACAAAUCAAUGUUGCUAUUGUCUUGCUCCACAGAGCGUUUUUUUUCUGAUUUUGUGCUAAUGGUUCUGUUUUCUGACAACACAGUGAAGCGCUAAACUAACUUUAAGCAUCACACCAAGUCAUAAAAUACUAGAAUCCCCUGCAUAAAAUAUUAAAUAAAUAUUUUUUUAUCUGUUGAAAAGCAGUGCUGAUAAA